CCCCCAGUUCCUCCCUCACUCUCCCACUCUCUCCCACUCUCUUCCUCCCUAAAUCCCACCUUCCAGUUCCCUCGUCCCCCUGUAACCCUCCUGGAGCUCACACUAAACUUCUCCCUUAAGAGAUGCUAUCACUUCUCUGCCGUUCCCUCCUGCUCAUCCUUGCUCAACAGGUCUUCUGCAGGGCUCAGACCAAUGGACGGCUGGCUCCUGAUGGCCGGGCGGCGGCUGAGAGGAGGCCGUUCUGCCACUGGCCCUGUAAAUGCCCCUCCAGACCCUUCUGUGCUCCUGGAGUCAGCUCGGUCCUGGACGGCUGUGGCUGCUGUAAGAGCUGUGCCCGGCAGAUCGGGGAGUCCUGCAACGAGAGGGACGUCUGCGACCCUCAUAAGGGAAUGUACUGCGACUUCUCCGCUGACCAGCCGAGAUACGAGGUUGGAGUGUGUGCAUACAUGAUGGCAGUGGGCUGUGACCUGAAUGGAGCCCACUAUGAGAACGGAGAAGGGUUCCAGCCCAGCCCCCUCUAUAAGUGCACCUGUAUAGCUGGAGCCAUCGGCUGCACCCCCGCCUUCAUCCAGAAGCCUGCUGGACUCUUAGGCCCCGCCCCCCUGAUGGGCAACAUGCCAGCCGGCCUCCGCAGCGGCCAGAGCCCAAAGAAACACCAGCAGGACACCAGCUACCUGUCAGCUUACAGGGAUCCUCCUUUAGCCUGGAAGAAGAACUGUCUGGUCCAGACCACCCCCUGGAGCUCCUGCUCCAGAACCUGUGGCCUGGGCAUCUCCGUACGCGUCAACAACGACAACAGCAAAUGUGAGAUGAGGAAAGAUCGCCGACUGUGUCUGCUGCGGCCGUGUGACAAGAGCGUGAUGAAGAACGUUAAGGUGCCAAAGGGAAAGACAUGCCGGCCUAAAUUUCAAGCCAAGAAAGCAGACAAGCUGAAGCUCUCUGGCUGCACCAGCACCAAGAAGUUCAAGCCCACAUACUGCGGCGUCUGCACAGACAAACGCUGCUGCGUCCCCAACAAGUCACGCAUGAUCAAGGUGAACUUCACCUGCAAGGGAGGCUCCAGCACGCAGUGGAAGAUGCAGUGGAUCAUGUCCUGUGUGUGCCAGAGGAAGUGCAGUGACCCAGGCGACAUGUUUUCUGACCUGCGGUUACUCUAACGGAUCAAUCCAAGAGUCCCAGAGAGACAAACGGAGGACACGAGUCCUGCUGGGGCCGACUGAGGACUUAAACACAUGCUGACUUUGGUCAUUACGUUCCAGCGAACCUGGUCUCACAGAAAUCCGUGGAAUAGCCACGGAAUCGCUCAAAUUUCCGUGAAACUGACACGGAUUUGGCUACAAUGCAAGUUAAUGCCAGUCAUAUCCCGUGGCUAUUCCAACAUACAAAGUGAUUAUGUACAUUCACUGAGUGAAGAUUUAGAAAAUAAAACAUAUAUUUCUCGCUAGAAAUGUGAUCAAAAUCCAUUUUUAUGCAGAAACUAAGUCAAAAUAUUGAUUUAUUUUUCACUAAAAAUGGACACAAACCAACAGGAAGUUCCAAAAAAGUGCUGGAUCCUUCAUUCCCAUAAUUCAAUAUUCAAUUCAUAAUGCAUAUUUCCUUAAGUUUCCCCCCAAAAAAGGAAACAAAAUGACCAAAAAAGACUGGUUCUGUGACCAGAACGGACACAAAAAUACAAAAAAAGACACAAAAUUACCAAAAAAGACACAAAAUGACAAACAAUCCCACAAAAUGAUCAAAAAAAGACACAAAAUCACCAAAAAAGACACAGAAUGACCAGAAGACACAAAAUUGACACGGACACAGAUUUGGCUACAAUGCAAGUUAAUGCCAGUCAUAUCCCGUGGCUAUUCCAACAUACAAAGUGAUUAUGUACAUUCACUGAGUGAAUAUUUAGAAAAUAAAACAUAUAUUUCUCGCUAGAAAUGUGAUCAAAAUCCAUUUUUAUGCAGAAACUAAGUCAAAAUAUAGAUUUAUUUUUCACUAAAAAUGGACACAAACCAAUAGGAAGUUCCAAAAAAGUGCUGGAUCCUUCAUUCCCAUAAUUCAACGCAGCAGCAUCUUUCCUUAAGUUUCCCCCAAAAAAGAUACAAAAUGACCAAAAAAAGACACCAAAUGACUAAAAAAAGAC